AAAUUUGAUCAUUGUUUGUCAAAUUGCUCUAGUCUCUUUUAUGUGUACAUUUUGUAAAACAAAUACUUCUAAUAAGAUUUUUGUUUGAGACUUGUUUAUUAAUUAUAUUUCAGUUAGGAUUUAAUCAGUUAAUGUUUGAUAUUACCGGUCCUUUGGUCGCGUGCUGUUGGAUAAAAAAUACUUGUAUCUAGAUAUUGAUCCGAAAUCCGAACUAAGCUAUGACUAAUCUUCCUCCUAGGAAAUUUUCUACAUCUAGUAAAACCUCUAAGCAAGAUGCAUCUCCAUUGCAAAUACUGUUACAGAUGGGGUUUCCAAAAAACCGUGCUUUAAAAGCACUAGCUGCAACUGGUAACCGCAGUGUGCAACUAGCUUCAGACUGGCUUCUCACACAUGUAAAUGAUGCCUUCAUUGACACAGAGCAACCAAGGGAAUACAUAUUUUACGCUACCCCCACUGGCCCUUUGCUCAAUCAGCUACAUGCAUUCUGGGAGAAGUCAAAGGCCAUAGGUAGUUGGAAUGGGGCCCAUAACUUUCCACCACACAUAACACUUGUCUCUUUUUUCAAGGCUGCUGAUGAAGCCUCACUUCAGCUUGCAAAGGCAGUCAAGCAAGUGGUGGAAAUGGUGGGAGAUCCACCAGCUUGCCAGCUUAAACUUGAACCCUACAUAUCACACAAUUUUAUGGGCUUGUUUAUAUCUGAAGAACAUGCUGAUUAUUUAAAGAAAAUGGCCAUGCAGUUUGUAAAGGAAGUAUCUUCAAUAUUGGGUGUAAAAGUGGAUACAUAUGAACAUUUGGAUGCACUGGGUGCUUGCUUUCCAUGGUGCACAAUGCCUCAGGAGAAAGACAUAUCAACUAAUCUGGAAGCACAUGUAAAGUCCCUACACAUAACUCUAGCAUACCAUUUUGAGGAAUCAGAGUAUGACGCAUUAAAGGCCCUUGUUGAAGAACUGAAACCUGACACACUUACAAGUUGGGAAUUGAGAUUAUAUUCUAGAGACCCUCGUUUCGCUAAUCAUCAGGUACAUAAAGUAACACAGAGAUAUGUACCGGAAGCCAAUGACGAAUUGGAACUGGUACUCGGCGAUUAUAUUUACAUUGAAGAAAAACAAUUUGACAGUUCUCCCGACGGCUGGGUACUCGGCACUUCUUGGCUAACGGGUGUGAGUGGAUACCUGCCCGCUGUAUACACACAACGGACGGCCGAGUCUGACGCGUGGACUCUCCAUAGAGCCAUAUCAUUGGGAACCAAUUUAGGCACAGAUUCAAAAUCGGAGUCGGAUUCGACGGAUAUCGAGAUGGCGGCCUACCCUCAUGAAGACUCACCCGAACUGGGACACGAAAAGUCUGAAGAGACUUACAAAGAUUGGGAAAAAUAUUGGAAAACAGUGAAAAUUGAUAAAACCGAGAGCAUAUUGAACGUUACGCAAGGUGUUGAUUGGAAAACCGACACUGCAUGUAAUAAUGGUGACUCAAAAACGCAUGGAGAUUGCAAGGAUGUAAAAACAACGAAUAGCACAAGCAAGGAUCGUCGCUGGGUAUUUGCGAUGCGGCACGGCGAAAGAGUUGACCUCACUUAUGGUGUUUGGGUGCCGUUUUGUUUCGACAACAAUGGGACAUAUGUCAGAAAAGAUUUAAAUAUGCCAGAAAAACUGGGUGAACGCGUGGGCGGCAAGGAGUCGUACGCGCUGGACACGCCGCUGACGCGCGUGGGGCGGCUGCAGGGGCAGCUGGUGGGCGAGGGGCUGCGCGCGGCCGGCGUGCCCGUGCGCCACGUGUACGCGUCCGCCGCGCUGCGCUCCGUCGAGACCGCGCACGCGCUGCUGCUCGGUCUACAGGCAGAUCCAUCAGUGAAAAUAAGAGUUGAGCCAGGUUUAUUUGAAUAUAAGAUGUGGCACCUUGCUAAAGGAAUGGCUCCUUUUAUGACUCCUAUGGAAAUGCAUAAGGCUGGACUUAAUGUAGAUUUGAACUAUAAACCUUACGUCGACUUGGAAUGUAACACACCAGAGACAUUAAACGAUUUCUUCAAAAGAAAUGAAUAUGUAAUGCAGGCAGCUGUCAAAGAUACAGAAGCAGAAGGUGGCAACAUUAUCUUUAUUGGACACGCAGCUACAUUAGAUGUCAUGGUGUUGUCGAUGAAGCGCCUAGCUGAGGGUAAAACAGACAAGGACGAUUUCAAUUACCAAACUAGUAACAAUUUACUGCGGAUUCCAUAUUGCGCCCUCGCGGCCAUGAAGUCCAACCCGUGGGAGAUUGUUUCACCUCCUUGUCCACCAUCAAUCAACUCCAGUUCCGGAAGAUAUAAUUGGAAAAUGCUUUUGGAUCUUUAAACUGGAUAUUUUUUUUGUUAUUAUUGCCAAAAUUCCAUCGUCAAUUGAUAAGUCAUAUUGAUAGGAUAAAUUAUUUGGCAACUGAUUUCUCAAAUUUACUAAAAAGUUGUGCUCUAUAAGAAUUUGCUGUGUUCUGAUUUUCAACAAUAGUAACAUUAAAUUAUUUUGUAGUGUGAAAAUGUUAAGUAAUUUUUGUAAUCGAUAUCAAAACAUAUUAUGUUGAUAGAAUCAAGGCUAUUGUCUUAAUAAAGACUGCAUUAUUUAACUAUACUAUUAUAAUUGCACCAGUUUAAGUUCAAAUGUUUACUGAGUUUAAUUAGGUGUAAGCUUAGUUUAUUAUAUACAUCGACUUUGGAAAAGCGAUCACUAUAGUAUAAGAUAAAGUUCCAAUAUGCAUUAUAUAAUAAGAUAUUGUACAAGCCAUACAGACUUAUUGUGUUAUGUAUUCCUAUCACUUAAAAUUCAUUAUUAUGACACUAUCAAACUGCAUUUAGAACAAUUAACUUAUUGCAUAAUUUGAAAAAUACAUUGAAUUUUGCUAGAAUAAUAGGUAUUGAUGUUUCAAUUUCUUUUAAUUAAGUAACUGCAAUUACAUUGGUUACUAUAGUAACAAAAAUUUAUAUAUGUAUAUAUAU